AUGUCCGAUUUAAAAUUAAGAUCGCCUGAGUAUUUCCAAAAUAAUGAAGAUUGGAGCUUACUUGGUUACUUGGAAUACCGCAAGACUCUGAAAGAUUUUCGAUCAAAUAAAGCAGAUGAGCACUUCUUUUAUGUCAAAAAUCUAGAGUAUAUAGCUGAAAACCACGAAAAUAAGAAACAAUGCGAAAAAGCAAAGAGCUAUAUCAAUGAAUUUGUUGUAAGUACAAUAAACCAAAUUAUAGUAGGUGAGCCUAAUCAAAAGCUUUCAUCAGUAAAUUCGUUUUGGUUAUCGAUUUACCAGAAUAACUACGAGGAAAACAUCGAACUUGAGAAGCUAAGACAUGCCGAAAGUACAAUACGCGCCGUAAAUAAAGAAACAGAAGAAGUUCGUUUAGUUUCAUCUUCUGAAACUGGGUUAUUAUUAAAACGUAAGAGACAAGAUGACAUGAAUUGUUUUGAUAAAGGAGCUGACAAACGCAAAACUCUGGAAAAUAAGAUACGAACCACUAAUAGAACAGUAGUGGAAGAGUCCUCUUCUGACGUUUUCUCUGUGACUUCUUUAACGCAACCAUCUUAUAAUGAAUCUCAAGUAUUAAACGAAGAAACCGAUGGCGAAAUAAAAUCU